AUGGGGUGUCUCCUCGCACCUAGGCGGCGCGGAAACCUCGUCUCGAACGAUGCUGAGAAGCUGAUUCAAAGAGUAAAGGAUGCCCUUAGAGUCGUUAACAAAGGCCGCAUAGAUAACCCACACUUCAACAAAUAUGAGUUUAAGCCUGUCUCAGCCGCCUUAAAGACCAGUAGAUACCAGGACCUGCCUUCCCUUUUUACGUUGGCCGAUGCUAUCUUUGACAAAAAUCCUUCCCAUUAUGCCCUUACGGAUCGUUCCGCUGCCUCCAAGGCCAUAGCUGCAAAAGACUUUGCAUACUCUGUACCCCAAGAGCUAGCUGAGGCUGCUAAGCUCGUUGCGGAAUCCUCCCCUCCGAGCCGUUUAUCGAACGAGCCUAGCCAAGUGGCCGCCCGGGUUCAAGAAAAGUACAAAUUGCAGGUUAAUGACACCAACACUCCUCCUCAGGCCCAUAUUCACCCCAACGGACUGGAUGGCUAUAUUGAGCCAGUGGACGACAUACAGAUGCCCCUUAUGUCCAGCAACUCGUCAGCUAUCGAUAAGCGAGCCGCAAGGAACUUUUGGAUGGCUGAUUUACCUCAGCGAGGAGCGAGUCCAUUUGCCCCUGCUGGCUACAAGGUUUGGAGGAAUGUUAGAGACUAUGGCGCGAAAGGUGACGGGGUGACAGAUGACACUGCUGCAAUAAACCGUGCGGUAUCUGAUGGCAACCGAUGCGGAGACAACUGCGGAUCCAGUACCAUCUAUCCAGCGGUAGUUUAUUUCCCUCCAGGAACAUACCUCGUUAGCACCUCUAUUAUCCAAUACUACAAUACCCAAUUCCUCGGAGAUCCUUAUGACUAUCCUACUAUCCUUGCUGCAUCGAGCUUUGUAGGAUUAGGAGUUUUUAGCUCCAAUGUUUAUAUCGAAGGUGGUAAUGGAAGUGAAUGUGGGAUUCAUUGGCAAGUGGCUCAAGCAACAUCCCUUGAGAAUAUUGAGUUUUACAUGAUGAAUGACGACAAGACUACUCAACAGGGUAUAUACAUGGAAAACGGCAGUGGCGGAUUCCUCACUAAUUUGACAUUCGUCGGCGGAAAUUUCGGGGCAUACUUUGGAAACCAACAAUUUACAACAUCGCAUCUGAUAUUUGUGAACUGCAAAACAGCAUUGCAGGUCCACUGGGACUGGGCUUGGACCAUGCACGAUGUCGUUAUCGAGUCAUGUAAGACCGGAAUUAUAGUCACUGGCGGAGCAGGGGGCACUGGAAGCACCGGCCAGUCAGUGGGUUCUCUUACUCUCGUGGAUUCCCUGAUUGCGAACACGCCUCUUGGAAUCAGCACAUCGUUAUACGGAGAGAACUCGACAUCAUUCCUAAUUCAAAAUACUGGAUUCUUCAACGUGAAAACAGCUAUUAUUGAUACCUCAAAAGGCAGAGUACUGCUAAAUGGCGGUGAUGAGGUUCUGGUUGACUCCUGGGGGUUCGGACUACUGGUGAAUUCUACUGAGCCUACAAGUAGUGGCUACCACCGUCCUAAUUUUUUCACUCGGCGCCGUCCAAAGUAUCUAGAUAUUGGUCAAAGCCAAAUACUUGAUGUCAAAGCAUUAGGGGCAAAGGGAGAUGGCAAGUCAGAUGAUACUGCUGUCCUCAAUAGCAUCUUAUCUCGGGCUGCUAAUAUGUCUUCAAUUGUAUAUUUUCCUUUCGGAGUCUAUAUCAUUAAGGAUACUCUCCAGGUCCCUAUUGGAUCAAGGAUUAUUGGCCAGGCUUGGCCUCAGAUCAUGGCUACAGGUCCUAAAUUUGAAGAUGAGUUACGCCCUGAGGUUGCAGUUCAGGUUGCCCAGCCUGGUGAAGCUGGCACCAUUGAGAUUCAAGACAUGAUGUUCACUGUAUCUGGCGCAACAGCCGGUGCGAUCUUGAUGGAAUGGAACGCCCGCGAGACAACAAGAGGCUCAGCCGCAAUCUGGGACUCUCACUUCCGAGUCGGUGGAGCUAUCGGUUCCAAGCUUCAACGUGGGGAUUGCCCGAAAUCCUCUGGUACAGUCAAGGCAGGCUGCAAGGCAGCUUCACUUCUCUUGCAUAUGACGCCGAAAUCAUCAGCUUAUAUGGAGAAUAUCUGGGCCUGGGUCGCGGAUCAUGACUUAGAUAUCGUCUCACAGGAUCAGAUUGAUAUCUAUUCCGGCCGUGGAAUUCUUAUUGAAAGUCAGGGGCCAACCUGGCUAUAUGGAACAUCUUCCGAGCAUAACGUCUUAUAUCAAUAUCAAACCUCGGGCGCUAAAAACCUUCUAAUGGCGAUGAUUCAGACUGAAUCCCCAUAUUUUCAGCCAGUACCCAAGGCGCCCAAGCCGUUCAAUGCAGGCCUUUUCCCUGACGAUCCGACCUUCAAACAUUGCCCAGCCUCUUCAAAAACUUGCGCAUUCUCAUCAGCCCUCCGUAUUGUGGAUAGCUCAUCAAUUUAUUCGCUAGGCUCAGGCCUAUACAGCUGGUUCUCAGAUUACCGGCAGGAUUGUUUGAAAACAGAAAACUGUCAAGAUCGUGCAGUCGAAAUUAUCGAAAGUUCGGAUAUUUGGCUUUAUAAUAUUGUCACCAAAGCCACGUUAGAAAUGGUGACACCACACGGAACGAAGCCAACGUACGCGCGGGACAAUAAGAACGGCUUCUUAUCAUCUAUCUUAGCCUGGGUGAGAGACAAGAAUACCACAGUUAUCGGUGAACGCGAUUUCCCUGGCUUUCAGCUUUAUGAUGGCAAGCCGCCCGAGGGUCUCACCCCUACUUGUACGAAUGCAGUCGCGCAGCGGAUUGUUUGCCAUCCACUUCUACUAGAGUGGCAAAGCCCAUCGUAUCACGGGAUCCUUGAGUCAAAGGAAAUUACCGAUUCUGUGUGCGAUAAAGGAUGUGGUGAAAGCUUAAAGAGUUGGUAUGAUACCGUCUCUCUUGCAUGCUUAGGGCAGAGAAUCACCGGUGCCCCUCCUACGAUUCUAGGAGGCUACAUAUACCAAGGAUAUAACGAAACUUGUCUGUUGGAUAAAGACUCGGGGAAAUACUGCAAUGAUGUGAUUUCCGAGUUUACUGAAGUUACAGACGCUUACGACAUGCCCACAAAUGAGCUAUGCUCAUACUGCUAUAUUACUCGGCUAACGAUGAUGCAGUCAAGCUCUUAUUCGGUUUAUAACAAAAUAUUUCAAGAAUCCUUGGAGGAGGCUCAAAGUCGGUGUGACUUCACAGGCCCUAUUGACAUUCCUCCACCCCCAGUCCUCGAGAAACCGGAUCCGCCCCCAAUGUGCCUUUCAGGAAACAAGCAUUUAAUCAGAAAAUGGGACAGCUGUGACUCAAUCGCCACCAAGAAUAGCGUUGCGUCUGCAGCCAUCUUCACGUUAAACUCCGACGUGUUUUUCGGCUGCGAUGUCUUAUCCUUAAGCAUUGGCAAAGAGCUGUGUUUGCCGUUGAACUGCAGCAGCACCUACGAUUUAGCCGGGAAUGAUACCUGUGAAUCAAUUGAGGACGCCAACAAUCUCCGGAGAGGAAAACUCAGGGCUUUCAAUCCUUGGAUCAGCUUUGGCUGCACUAACCUCCAGGUUUCAAGCGCGGUGUACGGGAGCGUCUUGUGCCUGGCUCCGCAAGCAGGCAUAUAUACCCCAACCGUAGGUCUUCCAGGUGCAUCACCAACAUCUCCUAAUGACGGGUAUUCGAAAGUAUCUAUACCGCCACCAGCCAACUCUACGGUUGCUGAAGGUACGACUCUUAACUGCGGUAAAUGGCAUAUAGUCACUGAAGAAGAUACAUGUCCCCGUGUCUGUGGUGAAGCGUCGAUCCCGUCAAACCUGUUCUUGACAGUGGACCCGUCGCUGUCUAAGGCAGAAUGCGAUCGGGAACUUAUUGUCGGAGUCGUCUAUUGUGUUGCGCCGACGUAUGGCUGGGACCGGAGUAGUACAGUCACUAGCGAAGCGCCCAUAAUAGCGACUGCUGAUUCACGGAGUGGUAGUGCUACAGAGGCUAUAAGAGCGGGGACUACGGCUAAUUGA